AUCAAAACCCUAGCUAUAUAAACAAAGGCAGAUGUAUAAACACUCUUCCUCAGCUAUUCGCACCACCUCCACAGCUAGGGUUUUUCAAGCUUCAGUAGCAGCUCAGCCGUCUCAUCAGCAAAUCAACCGAAACAUGUCUAAGAGAAGGACCAGGGAGCCCAAGGAAGAGACUGUAACCCUAGGACCAGCUACCAGGGAGGGUGAAUUGGUCUUUGGUGUUGCCCACAUUUUCGCCUCUUUCAACGACACUUUCAUCCAUGUGACUGAUUUGUCUGGACGGGAAACAAUGGUCCGCAUUACUGGUGGUAUGAAGGUGAAGGCUGACCGAGAUGAAUCUUCUCCUUAUGCUGCUAUGCUUGCAGCACAAGAUGUUUCUCAACGAUGCAAGGAGCUUGGAAUUAAUGCUCUUCACAUUAAGCUUCGGGCUACAGGAGGUAACAAAACUAAGACUCCUGGUCCUGGUGCCCAAUCCGCCCUUCGAGCCCUUGCUCGAUCUGGAAUGAAAAUUGGACGCAUAGAGGAUGUUACUCCUAUUCCCACAGACAGCACUCGCAGAAAGGGUGGUAGAAGGGGACGGAGGCUGUGAAUUCUUCUCAGCACCAUACUUGCUGCAUGGCAGAAUAUUUUGGUCAAGGGUUGCAUCUUUGAUUGUCUUUUUACAUCUUAGAUUUAAACAUUUUGUAGCCUCAGUACAAGGUCAUUUUGACUUGUGUUCAGUUGGAAUUUUGCAAGCUUGUGAGGUAGCAAGUAUUUCGUUGAGUUGGAUUCGUAAGUUGUCUUUGUUUUUGAUGAUUGAAUUUUUGUUGCUUCUUCCUUAUUAACAUUGUGUUUUAUAGA